CCAGCCCAGCGAAGCCCAUGCAGCUAUCCAAUCCAGGCUCCGGCCCAAGCUAGUCCCGUCUCUCGUCAUCCUCUAGAGACGGGAGCGCCGGCUACGGCACAUGCCGCACACUAGAGACCGAGAGAGGCAGAGAAUGGCGAAGGGAGGAGAAGCGGGGGUCUGUGCGGCCUCGCAGCCGGCGGCCGGCGUCUGCGACGAGCGACCCCACCUGUGGGUGCGCCCGUGCGGCAGACUGGGCCGCCGGCUAGGAUGCUAGCCAGAAUACAUGGCGGCGAAGCGCAGCCCACACACAAUGAACCAUGAAUUGCUCAAAGCUGUCUCCACUGACGACGCAGAUCUCUUAGCGCAAGUCCUGGGCGUAUGGUCCUCAGCAACAGCUGAGGGGGGUGACGAAAGCUGCCUAAGAGGCGUCACAGCCGAGGGCAGCUCUGCGCUCCAUAUUGCAGCCAGCCGCGGGUACCUGACGCUCGUCGUGUUGAUCUGUACUCAGGACACCUCGCUUAUCAUGGCAAGGAACAAUCUGCUUGACACGCCUCUGAUCUGCGCAGCGAGGGCUGGGCAUGUCGAUGUGGUCAAUUACUUCAUCAAGCACGUAGCUAGAUACCCACAACACGUUCUUGAAGAAGUACCUGUAAGUCCUAUACUGAAGGCAUGGAACUCGGGUGGGGCGACCGCAAUGCAUGAGGCCAUCAGGAACGGCCAUGUGUCCGUCUUGCAGAAACUGGUGUCGAGGGAUAGCAGGCUUCUCGCAGUUGUUGAUGGACAAGGUGUGUCCCCGCUGUACUUGGCGGUUGUAUCCAACCAGGAUGACAUGGUUGGCAUCUUGAUUAGAGAAUCUUCUGACGGUGUAAAAUCGCCGGCAAGCUAUGCAGGACCAGAUGGACAAACAGCUCUGCAUGCUGCGCUCUACGCUAACAACGCUCAAGAAAUGUGCGAGUCCCUGCUACACUGGGAGCCAACACUUGCGGAAAAGGCCGACGGUUCUGGAAGAACUGCCCUUCACUAUGCAGCAUCAGCUGGGAAAGCUAAAGUGGUGAAACUUUUACUGGCCAACGACAGCUCAUCUGCAUACAUUUCAGAUGAUAAUGGUCUAUUUCCUGUGCACGUUGCUGCUAUUGCCGGCAACAUCAAAGUUGUCUGCGAGUUAAUGAAAAUAUGCCCAGGAUGUGUUGAGUUCGUUGAUAAUAAACAUAGAAAUAUUUUGCACUGCGCUGUUGAACAUGGGAGAGUUUCGGUGGUGUGGCGCAUCCAGAGAAACCCGAAGUUCGUGAGCAUGAUGAACGCCGGGAAUAGUGAAGGAGACACACCACUACAUCUGGCUGUAAAGCAUGGGCAUGUAAUAAUCUUCACUCUUCUUAUGAUGGAUCUUAGGGUGAAUCUUAGCAAUAUUAACCAUGAAGGGUUAACACCUCGACAUGUUGCUUUUGCGGAAAGCUAUUCAUUUUUAUCAGUCAAGAAAAUUUUCAUCUCCGCGUGCUUACUAUGCUGUGAUGCUUAUCCCAGUCCAUUCUACCAGCCUAGAAAUAUGACAGAUAAGCAGUGCUUGGAAGACGAGAAGGAAGCCAGCGUUCAAUACACCAAUGUGUCCCAGAGCAUUUUAUCUAUCGCUGCAUUUGUUGCAGCCGGUUCAUUCGCUGCUGAUUUCGCUCCACCCAGGGGCUACGACACAGAAGGCGAUAAAGCUGGCAUGUCAAUGGCAAUGCUUAAUGCGCAUUUUGGUAAAGUUGCUGCGAAUAGCAUGUCAUUCUAUUGCUCCAUAUUUGCCACAUGCCUGCUUGUGGUUGCCAGUCAAACAACUACGCCCAUAAGAGUUCGCCGCUUUUUCCUUUGCUUAUCUGCUGUACUUGUUUGUCUAGCCGUUACUAAUAUGAUUAUAGCAUUUGCGAGUAUAGUAUUCGUAGCAAUGGCAUCGAAAUACCCUUGGAACAGCUGGGAUGAGUAUGUCCUUGAACUGGACGGGGACGAACUGUUUGUCCUUUUCGUGAAUUGGGUGGCAGUAGUUGUACCCAUGUACUUGUUACUUUUUCCGGUGUCAGUUUUAGCGGUCGUAGUAUGUUUCCGGGUGGUGAUGAGAUUACGGAAGAGCAAACACCCCUGCAUGGACAUACUACUAAGAGUACUACCAGCAGGUUGCUUCCUUAUUUUGGUGGUCCACGAUGUGUUUCAGCAAUUUGUCGAUGAUGAAACGGAUCAGCCAGGUCAACAAAAACCCUGCAGCGGGCCCGGGUGUGUGGUCCUAGGUGACGCGAAGUUUUUACACCCCACCUGAUGAGGUUUCCGAAAUCUCUCUGCAGAUUCUGAACUUGUUGUCUGCGUGACUGCGUGUGGUGUUGCUUUUUCUCAGAUAGUGUUGUUCCGUGUGUCGACAACUCUGUUGAAUAAACUAGGCUGUAGGUUUAUCUAUGCCCCCCUUUGCUAUGGAACUGUCAGACACCUUGUCAAGGCUUUAUCUUGAUAGUUCUUUGUAACAGAUUUUGUUUUUUCAUGCUAUAAACUGUCUGCUUUGUGUA